AUGAUUAAAAUUUCAUCGGAAAUCAAAGAUGAAGGACUGAUUAGAAUUGAACAGUUUGCCUUCGGUUUAGGUCGACUUUCGAGCAACAGACGGAACGAUAGAGCUUGGAAUAUUAUGUCAAUAACCAUUUAUUUCAACGGAAAAAAAAAGAAGAAAAAAAGGAAACAAGCUGAAGAUCAGUGCAAGUUCUCCAAUGAUUCAUCCGAAUGA